AAAGCAUCAGCUCUGGCGACUUGAAUAUCGCAACUCACUAAAUCUGAAAAGGUUCAUAUCAUGUCUUUCACAAACCUUGGUCUCCGCAUGGGCGGCGUCUCCAGUGCUGUAUUCGCCGCCCAAGGCGUUUUCCUCCUAGGAAAUGCAUUUUACAGCAUUCUAUACCCAUCGUCAGUAGCAAACUUCAAGGGCUCUUCGUUGGAGGGAACCCCUAAAGGCGCGGUUCAAUGUAUCGGCUUGACCUCUCUUGCUUUGGGAACAUACUAUCUGAUUUCGACCUACCAGCGAGAUACGGCUAUCAUGGUCUCUUCGGUACCCUCGCGCCUGGUGGCUGCUUGGGUGAUGUAUCGCAAUGGCGGCAAUUGGACGCGGGUGGCGGCUUUCGAAACCUCCAUGGCUAUUGCGGCUAGCGCGGCGUUGAUUUGGGAUCGGUAUAUGUAGACUAAAGAUAUUGUUGGGUGUAGGCCUUUAUUGGCUACUUGAGAAACUAUGUGAUAUAGAAUAUUGAUACUUUGUAGUUAUAAAUGAAAUGUGUUGGCAAC